CCAGUUCUGCUCCGUCACUUCACAAACGAAAACCAGACAGCUUCGUCUUCUUCAUCUUCGAAUCUUUUUCGAAUCUUCUGCACCUUCGAGCGCAAGAAAAAUGUCGGGCCGCGGCAAGGGAGGCAAGGGGCUUGGCAAGGGCGGCGCGAAGCGGCACAGGAAGGUCCUGCGCGACAACAUCCAGGGCAUCACGAAGCCGGCGAUCCGGCGGCUGGCCCGCCGUGGCGGGGUGAAGCGGAUCAGCGGGCUGAUCUACGAGGAGACCCGCGGCGUGCUGAAGAUCUUCCUGGAGAACGUGAUCCGCGACGCCGUGACCUACACGGAGCACGCGCGCCGGAAGACGGUGACCGCCAUGGACGUCGUGUACGCGCUCAAGAGGCAGGGCAGGACCCUGUAUGGCUUCGGCGGCUGAAGAGCGCUGUCGUGAUUUCGCUGUUCGAGGGUUCUUAGAUAUAGUUUGUGAUGUAGUUGUAGUGGGUUUUUGUGCUUCAGAUGAAAUGAACUUGUGGGUUUAGUUUCUGGUUCUAUGUAUGAAUUGGAUCUAUAUUUGAGUGAAUAGAAUUUCAGCUUUAAAAAGAUAUUUUGCC